UACAGCAAAAGAAAUAGUUGCAGAGAUAGAAAAAUGCAAGGUAAUGACAGCGCUUCGGAUGGAAGGAAAUACCCUUGGAGUUGAUGCAGCAGAAGUCAUUGCAAAGGCAUUAGAAAAACAUCCAGAAUUUGAGAGAGCACACUGGAGUGACAUGUUUACGGGAAGACUAAAGACUGAAAUACCUAAAGCUUUGGAAUUUUUAGGAGCAGCUAUCAUGAAGGCUGGUGCAGGAUUAGUGGAGUUGGAUCUAAGUGAUAAUGCUUUUGGUCCAAAUGGUGUGGUAGGACUUGUAGCUCUACUGAAGAGUCCAAGCUGUUAUACAUUACAGGAACUUCGUCUAAACAACAAUGGAUUGGGUGUCGGAGGCGGAAAGAUGCUGGCCGAGUGUCUUACGGAGUGCCAUCAGAACAGUGUGAAGGCUGGGAAACCUCUCAAACUUAAGGUCUUUGUAUCUGGUCGAAACAGAUUAGAAAAUCCAGGGGCGACAGCACUAGCUGCAGUUUUUAAAGCGUUGGGUUCUUUAGAAGAGGUGGCCAUGCCACAGAAUGGUAUUUAUGCAGAAGGAAUAACAGCUCUGGCAGAUGCCUUUGCAGAAAACAAAAACCUGAGAGUCAUGAACCUUAGUGACAAUACAUUUACACAAAAAGGAGGCAAGAACAUGGCCAAAAUUUUACCAAAGUUACAGAAUUUAGAAGUGAUAAACUUUGGUGAUUGUUUAGUGAGGACUGAAGGUGCAAUAGCAUUGUCAAAUGCUCUUAAAGAAGGACACCAGAAGCUUAAGGAACUAAAUUUAUCGGGAAAUGAAAUCAAUAAACGAGGAGCUGGUAUUGUGGCUGAAAACAUGGAAAACAAAGUUAACUUAACUAGGCUAGACCUAAACUGUAAUAUGCUUGGUGAAGAUGGCAUUGAGGAAGUGAAAGGAACUAUGGAGGCUAUGGGUAAACUGGAUAUCCUGGCAUCACUCAGUGAUGAUGAAGGAUCAGAGGAAGAAGAUGGAGGAGGGGACCAAUCAGACGAGGAGGAUGUAGGACAUGAUGAUGUGGAAGGGGAGGAAGUAAAUGACCCAGCACUACAGGUCAAGGGCAAGGCCAUCACCCCCAACAAACAGACAACUGCAAAAGAUUUUUUGGCAUUCCCAUCCCCCAGCAAACUAUUACAGCUUGGAAGUGGUAGAGUUCAGGCCAUAAGAGAAGAACUUGGGACUGAUGUGAAUGACCUGGAUAAAGCAGUUCAGACAUUUAUGAAGAUUUCUAGUGUGGUGACAACAGAUGAUACAAAAACUAAAGAUGCAGCUUGUGAUUGUGCAGACCAAAUAAUUGAGGAAACUGUGAAAUGUAAUACAGAAAAUGAUGCAGUUAUUCUUGCCAACACGAUACUGGUUUACCUUGGAAUUUUAAAGGGUGAAGAUAAAUCCUACAGACCACCUAAUGAUAUAACGGGACCACUCUUAGUACUGGAACAUAUCGUACGACAACCCUACUUCCCGAAAUACUCUAGAGAAAUGUUACAAGCCUUUUUUAGCAAACCCCAUCCCCUUCUUGAUUCAGCAUCCCAAGCCAGACAUAAACUUUUACAGACUCUUUAUGCAUUCUAAAGGAUAGAAAUAUCAUGUAAAAUAAAACUCUAAGCAACUUAAAAAUUCUGACGUGAUGGAAAUAAAUGUGCUGUUUUGUUUGA